GUUUGCUUGAAGUCUGUGCUCCUGCCGCCUCCACUCCUCCUCCACCACCACCUCCUCCUCCUCCCCCCUGACAACCAGUUACUCCUGCUCUCUCGCAGGUCGCGUUCUUCCCUCUUGAGCGGAUAUUGGAUUUGUGCUUCGAGAGCCACCCCUUCGCCGGAACAUUCUCGCUCCUUUCUUACGCUUUGCUUUUGCUUUUUUUGGUCAAGUUCUUUUGCCACUUUACGUUUGAUUCGUAUGGCUGUGUUUGUUGAUGUUUUGAUUGGUUUGAGUUUGAUUUGCAGGGAGGAAUUGAGCAAAUAGAAUUUGAAGGUAGAAGAAGCUAAGAAAUGGAUGCAGCGCUAUCGUCGAUGGUGCCUGUUAAGCGCACUGAGCACGUCGAGGUAACCUCCAUGUCCUUCCCGUCGCGCUGUCGGCGCCGGCAAUGCGAGGCCGCUGGGCCGCGCACCAUCAGAAUCUUCUGCGACGACUGCGAGGCCACUGAUUCCGACGACGAGGGUGACGGCCGACACGUCCGCCGAUAUGUCCAGGAGAUUCGUUUCGAGCACCGCCCCGAGGCUGCCGGAAAGAACGCGCCGCCCGCUAGGAAGAGGAAGAAGGCGGUGGAUUCGCUUGGUUCCGUGGCCGCUGGCGGAGGCGACGAUGGCAGUGCGCGCAGGUUCCGGGGUGUCCGGCGGCGGCCAUGGGGCAGGUACGCGGCCGAGAUCCGCGACCCUCUGCGGCGCGUUCGGGUGUGGCUUGGCACGUUCGACACCGCCGAGGAGGCGGCGAAGGUGUACGACUCGGCCGCCAUACGACUCCGCGGGCCUGACGCCACCACCAACUUCUCGCAGACGCUGGUCGCCGUCCCCGCGCUGCUGCCUUCCCAUCCCCCUCCGCCCCCCUCUCCAAAGAAGUGUCUCUCCACGACCACCAGAAACCUCACUUCCAUGUCCGGAGGCGGCUACGACUCUGGGGACGAGCCGCAAAACCUCUCCUCCCCCAUAUCCGUCCUCCGCGGCGUCACUUCCCCCACCGCGGCGGCAUCCAUGGAUAACGCCGAUGGCUUCUUGCCGUGGCAGUUCAGUGGCUUUUUGCCCACGGAGGAGGCUACGCUACACGACGAUUUCCUCGGCUUCGCCGCAGCGGAGCCGAGCCUGCUCGACGACGACUCGGCUCGUAUGCAAUUCGCAUCUGACGUGAUGAGCCACGGUUUCCUCGGCUCUGGCUUGGAGCUCCGCUCGCCUACGUGGCAGGGUGGGGACGACUGUUUUGAGGACAUCGGCGAUUUAUUCCCGAUCGAAACGCUCACUGCCAUUUGAGGCCGUUAUCCGGGCACCGAUUUGUCGGCCGGUUUUGUAGCGACGGGAACAAAAACGAAA